AUGUGUCAUUCUUUGUGCUGUGGUGUCGUCGAACGUAACUUGUCACUCUUUUCAACAGAGAUAAGGAAUAAGCGACGUGGGCAAUCUAACUCGACAAUUACUUUCGAUGAAAAAAAAUCCAACGUUAGGAUUCGAUUAUUUGAUUUGUUUUCUUUCUUUUUUAAAACUGCUUCUUUCUUUCUCCUUCAUUUUCUUUUUCUUUUUUUUUUUCAUGGUUCGUUUUUCAACUUUCUUAUUAUCAUAAGUUCAUUCAUUCUUUCUCAUUCUUUUUUUUUUCUUUCAUUUUUUUUCUCUCAUAUUUACAUCAAUUUUUUAUUUUUUAUUUCUUUCAUUUUCCUGCUUUUUACUCCUUCCGAAUAUCUGAUAUUUUCAUUUUUUUGUCUCGUCUGUUCUAUACACAUUUUCAGCCAUUUUCUCUUUUCGUUCCUUUUUGUCUUUUACUUCGUUUCUCUUUGCUUUAUCAUUCAUGCUUGA